AACAUAAUCGACGAACACAUCUAUUGAUUAUUAAUUGUUUAUAAGGAGGGGGAACAGCCCUCGUUUCCAGAAGAGCCCCAUGUGACAGGAAGCCUCGUGUGUACACGAAGAGACACUAUUUCAGUAACUCUAUGUUCUCCAGGGCAUCCGGUUCUGCUUAUCUCUGGAGUAUGGAGAAGGACAUGGCGACCACGCUGCUUCUCCUGCUUGUAAUCCCGUCCUGCUACAGCCAGUUUGAAGAUCCGUGUCGAAGCUUUACAGAACUUGACAACAUAGCAACACGGGCCCCUAGUUACUCGGGAAGCCCCUUAGUACAUGAUGACAGCUCACUGGCCCCCGGCUGGUAUGCAGCACCUGUUGGGUGGGAAUUACUCAGUCAGGAUCCUGGCAACUCGACCAAGUGUGGAACAAGAAAGCCAAUUUAUAGAACAAGUAAAACUGGUGACACGUCUACCGUGUGUAUUAGAUUAGCGAGAGCGGCCUGUUACAAACCGUACACCAUCCAGACGACUAUGUGUGGCGGCAGAGAGAUAUACCAGCUGAGUACGCAAACCACUGCAGCCGGAUUCUGCUUUUACACGGAUGAUCCAUGUCUUUCGAAUCCUUGCGCCAAUGGAGCCACUUGCAUUAAGACGUCCGGAAGCAAUCACAUGUGCUCAUGUGCCCGCGGCUACUAUGGAGAGAGUUGUGAAGAGAUGGAUCCUUGUGGAAACUUUACCGAGCUUCACAACAUACCAUCAAGAGCCCCAAGUUACCCAGGAAACCCCGUAGUACAUGACGACAGCACACUAGCACCCGGCUGGUAUGGAGUACCUGCUGGAUGGGAAUUAUUCAGUCAGGAUCCUGGCAACUCGACCAAGUGUGGAACCAGAAAGCCUAUUUACAGAACGAGUAAAUCUGGUGACGCUUCUACCGUGUGCAUUAGGUUCCCAAACGCGGCCUGCUACAAACCAUACACAAUCCGGACGACGAUGUGUGGUGGAAGAGAGAUAUACGAGCUCAAAACGCAAAUCAGUUUGUCAGGAUUCUGCUUUCACACGGAUGAUCCAUGUCUUUCCAAUCCUUGCCCAAACGGAGCCACUUGCACUAAGGCAGCAGGAACCAAUCACAUCUGCUCCUGUCCCUCUGGAUAUUAUGGGGCCAACUGUGACGAGAUUGAUCCGUGUAGAAACUUCACAGAACUUGACAACAUAGCAACACGAGCCCCUGGUUACCCAGGAAACCCUGUAGUGCAUGACGACAGCACACUGACCCCCGGCUGGUAUGGAGCACCUGUUGGGUGGGAGUUACUCAGUCAGGAUCCUGGCAACACCACCAAGUGUGGAACAAGAAAACCCAUUUAUAGAACGAGUAAAUCUGGUGACGCCUCUACCGUGUGCAUAAGGUUCCCAAACGCGGCCUGCUACAACCCAUAUACCAUCCGGACGACGAUGUGUGGUAGAAGAGAGAUUUACGAGCUCAAAACGGAAAUCAGUUUGUCAGGAUUCUGCUUUCACACGGAUGAUCCAUGUCUUUCCAAUCCUUGCUUGAAUGGAGCCACUUGCACUAAGGGGACAGGAACCAAUCACAUAUGCUCCUGUGCCCCUGGUUAUUAUGGGGAGAAUUGUGACGAGAUGGAUCCCUGCACAAACGUUACAGAGCUUGACAACAUACCAUCAAGGGCCCCUAGUUUCCAAGGAAACCCGGUAGUACAUGACGACAGCACACUAGCACCCGGCUGGUAUGGAGCACCUGCAGGAUGGGAAUUACUUAGUCAGGAUCCUGGGAACUCGACCUUGUGUGGAACUAGAAAGCCAAUUUAUAGAACUAGUAAAUCUGGUGACGCUUCUACCGUGUGCAUUAGGUUCCCAAACGCGGCCUGCUACAAACCAUACACAAUCCGGACGACGAUGUGUGGUGGAAGAGAGAUAUACGAGCUCAAAACGGAAAUCAGUUUGUCAGGAUUCUGCUUUCACACGGACGAUCCAUGUCUCUCCAAUCCUUGCCCGAAUGGAGCCGCUUGUACUAAGGCGACAGGAACCAAUCACAUCUGCUCCUGUCCCUCUGGAUAUUAUGGGGACAACUGUGACGAGAUGGAUCCGUGUAGAAACUUCACAGAACUUGACAACAUAGCAACACGAGCCCCUGGUUACCCAGGAAACCCUGUAGUGCAUGACGACAGCACACUGACCCCCGGCUGGUAUGGAGCACCUGUUGGGUGGGAGUUACUCAGUCAGGAUCCUGGCAACACCACCAAGUGUGGAACAAGAAAACCCAUUUAUAGAACGAGUAAAUCUGGUGACGCUUCUACUGUGUGCAUUAGGUUCCCAAACGCGGCCUGCUACAACCCGUAUACCAUCCGGACGACGAUGUGUGGUGGAAGAGAGAUUUACGAGCUGAGUACGCAAAUCAGUUUGGCAGGAUUCUGCUUUCACACGGAUGAUCCGUGUCUUUCCAAUCCUUGCUUGAAUGGAGCCACUUGCACUAAGGCUGCAGGAACCAAUCACAUAUGCUCCUGUGCCUCCGGAUAUUAUGGGGACAAUUGUGACGAGAUGGAUCCUUGUGGAAACUUCACAGAGCUUGACAACAUACCAUCAAGAGCCCUAAGUUACCCAGGAAACCCCGUGGUACAUGACGACAGCACACUAGCACCUGGCUGGUACGGAGCACCUGCUGGAUGGGAAUUACUCGAUCAGGAUCCUGGCAACUCGACCAAGUGUGGAACUAGAAAGCCCAUUUAUAGAACAAGUAAAUCUGGUGACGCUUCUACCGUGUGCAUUAGGUUCCCAAACGCGCCCUGCUACAAACCGUACACAAUUCGGACGACGAUGUGUGGUGGAAGAGAAAUAUACGAGCUGAGAACGCAAAUCAGUGUGUCAGGAUUCUGCUUUCACACGGAUGAUCCAUGUCUUUCCAAUCCUUGCCCGAACGGAGCCACUUGCACUAAGGCAGCAGGAACCAGUCACAUCUGCUCCUGUCCCGCUGGAUAUUAUGGGGACAAUUGUGACGAGAUGGAUCCGUGUAGAAACUUCACAGAACUUGACAACAUAGCAACACGAGCCCCUGGUUACCCAGGAAACCCUGUAGUGCAUGAUGACAGCACACUGACCCCCGGCUGGUAUGCAGCGCCUGUAGGGUGGGAGUUACUCAGUCAGGAUCCUGGCAACACCACCAAGUGUGGAACAAGAAAACCCAUUUAUAGAACGAGUAAAUCUGGUGACGCUUCUACUGUGUGCAUUAGGUUCCCAAACGCGGCCUGCUACAACCCGUAUACCAUCCGGACGACGAUGUGUGGUGGAAGAGAGAUUUACGAGCUGAGUACACAAAUCAGUUUGGCAGGAUUCUGCUUUCACACGGAUGAUCCAUGUCUUUCCAAUCCUUGCUUGAAUGGAGCCACUUGCACUAAGGCGGCAGGAACCAAUCACAUAUGCUCCUGUGCCUCUGGAUAUUAUGGAGACAAUUGUGACGAGAUGGAUCCUUGUGGAAACUUCACAGAGCUUGACAACAUACCAUCAAGAGCCCUAAGUUACCCAGGAAACCCCGUAGUACAUGACGACAGCACACUAGCACCCGGCUGGUACGGAGCACCUGCAGGAUGGGAAUUACUCGAUCAGGAUCCUGGCAACUCCACCAAGUGUGGAACUAGAAAGCCCAUUUAUAGAACAAGUAAAUCUGGUGACGCUUCUACCGUGUGCAUUAGGUUCCCAAACGCGGUCUGCUACAACCCAUACACAAUUCGGACGACGAUGUGUGGUGGAAGAGAAAUAUACGAGCUGAGAACGCAAAUAAGUCUGUCAGGAUUCUGCUUUCACACGGAUGAUCCAUGUCUUUCCAAUCCUUGCCCGAACGGAGCCACUUGCACUAAGGCAGCAGGAACCAGUCACAUCUGCUCCUGUCCCGCUGGAUAUUAUGGGGACAAUUGUGACGAGAUGGAUCCGUGUAGAAACUUCACAGAACUUGACAACAUAGCAACACGAGCCCCUGGUUACCCAGGAAACCCUGUAGUGCAUGACGACAGCACACUGACCCCCGGCUGGUAUGGAGCACCUGUUGGGUGGGAGUUACUCAGUCAGGAUCCUGGCAACACCACCAAGUGUGGAACAAGAAAACCCAUUUAUAGAACAAGUAAAACUGGUGACGCUUCUACCGUGUGCAUUAGGUUCCCAAACGCGGCCUGCUACAACCCGUAUACCAUCCGGACGAAAAUGUGUGGUGGAAGAGAAAUAUACGAGCUGAGAACGCAAAUAAGUCUGUCAGGAUUCUGCUUUCACACGGAUGAUCCAUGUCUUUCCAAUCCUUGCUUGAAUGGAGCCACUUGCACUAAGGCGACAGAAACCAAUCACAUAUGCUCCUGUGCCUCUGGAUAUUAUGGGGACAAUUGUGACGAGAUGGAUCCUUGUGGAAACUUCACAGAGCUUGACAACAUACCAUCAAGAGCCCUAAGUUACCCAGGAAACCCCGUGGUACAUGACGACAGCACACUAGCACCCGGCUGGUAUGGAGCACCUGCAGGAUGGGAAUUACUCGAUCAGGAUCCUGGCAACUCCACCAAGUGUGGAACUAGAAAGCCCAUUUAUAGAACAAGUAAAUCUGGUGACGCUUCUACCGUGUGCAUUAGGUUCCCAAACGCGCCCUGCUACAAACCGUACACAAUUCGGACGACGAUGUGUGGUGGAAGAGAAAUAUACGAGCUGAGAACUCAAAUCAGUCUGUCAGGAUUCUGCUUCCACACGGAUGAUCCAUGUCUUUCCAAUCCUUGCCCGAACGGAGCCACUUGCACUAAGGCAGCAGGAACCAGUCACAUCUGCUCCUGUCCCGCUGGAUAUUAUGGGGACAAUUGUGACGAGAUUGAUCCGUGUAGAAACUUCACAGAACUUGACAACAUAGCAACACGAGCCCCUGGUUACCCAGGAAACCCUGUAGUGCAUGACGACAGUACACUGACCCCCGGCUGGUAUGGAGCACCUGUUGGGUGGGAGUUACUCAGUCAGGAUCCUGGCAACACCACCAAGUGUGGAACAAGAAAACCAAUUUAUAGAACGAGUAAAUCUGGUGACGCUUCUACUGUGUGCAUUAGGUUCCCAAACGCGGCCUGCUACAACCCGUAUACCAUCCGGACGAAAAUGUGUGGUGGAAGAGAGAUUUACGAGCUGAGUACGCAAAUCAGUUUGUCAGGAUUCUGCUUUCACACGGAUGAUCCAUGUCUUUCCAAUCCUUGUUUGAAUGGAGCCACUUGCACUAGGGCGACAGGAACCAAUCACAUAUGCUCCUGUGCCCCCGGAUAUUAUGGAAACAGUUGUGACGAGAUGGAUCCUUGUGGAAACUUCACAGAGCUUGACAACAUACCAUCAAGAGACCCAAGUUACCCAGGAAACCCUGUAGUACAUGACGACAGCACACUAGCACCCGGCUGGUAUGGAGCACCUGCAGGAUGGGAAUUACUCGAUCAGGAUCCUGGCAACUCGACCAAGUGUGGAACUAGAAAGCCCAUUUAUAGAACGAGUAAAUCUGGUGAUGCUUCUACCGUGUGCAUUAGGUUCCCAAACGCGGCCUGCUACAAACCGUACACAAUUAGGUCGACGAUGUGUAGUGGAAGAGAGAUAUACGAGCUGAGAACGCAAAUCAGUUUGUCAGGAUUCUGCUUUCACACGGAUGAUCCAUGUCUUUCCAAUCCUUGCCCGAACGGAGCCACUUGUACUAAGACAACAGGAACCAAUCACAUCUGCUCCUGUCCCGCUGGAUAUUAUGGGGACAACUGUGACGAGAUGGAUCCGUGUGGAAACUUCACAGAGCUUGACGACAUAUCAACACGAGCCCCUGGUUACCCAGGGAACACCUUAGUCCGUGACGACAGCAAACUGGCCCCCGGCUGGUAUGGAGCACCUGCUGGGUGGGAACUGCUCAAUCAGGAUCCCGGCAACACCACGACAUGUGGAACCAGAAAACCCAUUUAUAGAACGAGUAAAUCUGGUGACGCUUCUACCGUGUGCAUUAGGUUCCCAAACGCGGCCUGCUACAAACCGUACACAAUUCGGACGACGAUGUGCGGUGGAAGAGAAAUAUACGAGCUGAGAACGGAAACCAGUUUGGCAGGAUUCUGUUUUCACACUGAUGAUCCAUGUCUUUCGAAUCCUUGCUUGAAUGGAGCCACUUGCAUUAAGACGGCCGGAUCCAAUCACAUCUGCUCUUGUGCGUCUGGAUAUUAUGGAAAGACUUGUGAAGAGAUAGAUCCAUGUGGAUACUUCAUAGAGCUUGACAACAUAGCAACACGAGCCCCUAGUUACCCAGGAAACCCCGUAGUACAUGACGACAGCACACUAGCACCCGGUUGGUAUGGAGCACCUGCUGGAUGGGAAUUACUCAGUCAGGAUCCUGGCAACUCGGCCAAGUGUGGAACAAGAAAGCCUAUUUAUAGAUCGAGUAAAUCUGGUGACGCCUCUACCGUGUGCAUACGGUUUCCAAACGCGGUAUGCUACAACCCGUAUACCAUCCGGACGACGAUGUGUGGAGAAAGAGAGAUAUACGAGUUGAGUACGCAAACCAGUUUGGCAGGAUUCUGCUUUCACACGGAUGACCCAUGCCUUUCGAAUCCUUGCGCAAAUGGGGCCACUUGCAAUAAGGCGACAGGAACUAAUUACAUCUGUUCCUGUGCCCCCGGAUACUAUGGGGACAACUGUGACGAUAACCAUCCUUGUAGAAACUUCACCGAGCUUGAUAAUAUAGCAACACGAGCCCCUAGUUACCCAGGAAACCCCGUCUUACAUAAUGACAGCUCAUUGGCCCCGGGCUGGUAUGGAGCACCUGCUGGGUGGGAAUUACUCAGUGAGGAUCCUGGCAGCUGGAAAAUGUGUGGAACAAGAAAACCCAUUUAUAGAACAAGUAAAGAUGGUGACACAUCUACCGUGUGUAUUCGGUUCCCAAACGUGACCUGUAGUAACCCGUAUACCAUCCGGACGACGAUGUGUGGUGGAAGAGAGAUAUACGAGCUGAGCACGCAAACCAAUUUAGCAGGAUUCUGCUUUUCUUGCAAUGGACGAAAACUGGACAUCCUCAUCAUGGUAGAUGAGUCAAUCUCUAUCGGCACGACCAGAUUUUGGCAAAUGAAAACAUUUCAACGAGAGAUGCUUCGUUCUUCUAACAUAAGCCUCAACACUAACAAUGUUGCAUUUAUGGAGUUUUCUGUAAGCGCUAGAGUGGUAUUCCCACUGAAUGCUUAUGCUGACGACAAAGCGGCGGUCCUUGCCGCAAUGGAGAAGGAGGUAUACGGAAUAGGCGCUUCGACAAACAUUGGUGACGCCAUCAAACUGGCCGUCACUGACGUUUUCACAGCGGAUAAUGGCGACCGACCAGACGCUGACAAUAUGAUCUUCAUGUUUACUGACGGCUACGCUACUGAUGAAGAUAAGGUGGUUAUAGCUGCUAUAAUUGAUCAACUUUCUGCAAAAGCGGAAGUAUUUGUCGUGGCCAUAUCAGAAGUUCUGGAUGAUUCUAUCAUCCACACAAUUGCUUCGAAACCAGGAAGUGAACACAUUUUGCAGCUGGAUGCCCCAGAUACUCUCAGUAAAGUUCAGCAGGAGAUCAUGCCAUGUGGUACAGUGUGACUCCACUGACCUAAUGUGUUACAGAUUACCGAGAUGAAGCCGCUUGGAAAAUUCUAAUCUGUGCAUACAAUACACGUUCUGCAACUAAAA